CUUGGCCGCGCUUUCCUUUCUCUUUAUAUAUUCAAUUUCGGAUUGGAUGAUACAAUUACCGGAUGGGCGUUGUAUAUUAAUAUGAUAUAAAUACUUUUACUUCCCUACUUCUACCCUCCCACCUUUGCUCCAGUCCCACGGUCCGACAGCAUGCCUCCCAACACCGGAAAAGCAAUCGGCGACCCCAGCGACGAUGCCUACGUUGCACAGGUGCUCGCACGAGAGGCACGGGAUAGCUCCCUGAAAUACUCGGCACAUGGAUUGGAAGCAUACAUGCCCAAAAGGCCUACAGGCGCCGCUCCUAAACCGAACACACGAUUCCUCCGACACAUAAUCCGAGAGACGGACAAUCACAAUACAGCAUUGAAACGGAAAGAAGAACGGGAGGCCAGGGAGCGAAUGCGACAGUUGCGGAACCAGGCGUCAUCCUCUUCAGCGAACGAUGCAAAUCGCGAUCAACGUCGCAGUCGGCUCGAAGGAAACAUAGGAGUCGUUCGGCAUCGGAGGAGAGAGGCCAAUCGCAUAGGAGCCGACGGAGGCGUGACCCUCAAGACACCGAUGACGACCGGCAUAGAUCCUCGAGAAGGAGUCGUCGCCACCGAUCUGAUUCUCGUUCAAGGAGUCGAUCCCCGGAACACGGCCGGGAUGUUGAUUCUCGCAGCCAUCGCCGACGACAUCGCAACCGCUAUGAGUCGUCACGAUCACGUUCGCGGUCCCCAGGAGCAUCUGACAGGCGCAGGACUAGAGAUAGCGAGCGCAGGGGUCACCGCAGAGGAAACGCCUUUGGAUGAUGAGUCGGAUCCUCUUGAAGACCUUGUCGGACCCCUGCCGGCGAAAGAUAACGAUCAUGGGUAUUCAGCGCCCAUUCGUUCCCGCGGUCGCGGUGCCUACAAACCCAACGUGAGCAACAUCGAUGCACACUUUGCCCCUGACUACGAUCCCAGUACGGAUGUACAUUUGGAGGAUGAUGAUGGGCAGGCAGGUAGCAGGCCUACCCGCCGUCCUGUCGCAGGUCUAAUGACUGGAGAUGACGACUGGGAACUCUCUCUGGAGGCGUUGCGUGAUCGGGCAAAAUGGAAGCAGAGGGGAGAGGAGAGGUUGCGGGAAGCUGGCUUUAGUAACGAAUUUGUGGACCGUUGGAAGAGCAACACUACUUCCACGCCAGGGGAUGACUCAGAAGGCAGGCUAGAGGAUGUGAAGUGGUCUAAGAAGGGUGAGGGGCGAGAGUGGGAUCGGGGCAAGUUUGUUGAUCAGGAUGGGCAUAUUGACGUUAAAGCUUCCUGGUGA